UUGUAAACUAAUGAGAGUCAUGUCAGGGAUUUAUAUUUAAUAAAAUCAAUAUCCUAUUAAUCACUAAGUACAAAAGAAGUGUGCAUGAAAACAAAAUACUUUAGGUCAUUUAUAAAACAGUUCAAAAUGCAUAAUUGCUUAAGUGAAUUAAUAUUUUCUUUUUUUUUUUUUUUCUCACCAAGGAGAUUUCAUGAUUAUAGAUAAGAGAAGUUAACUUCAGGAUGCUAAAAAGGAAACAGAGUUCAAGGGUGGAAGCCCAGCCAGUUACAGAUUUUGGUCCCGAUGAAUCUUUGUCAGACAAUGCAGAUAUUCUAUGGAUUAACAAACCAUGGGUACACUCUUUACUACGAAUUUGUGCCAUCAUCAGUGUUAUUUCUGUGUGUAUGAACACUCCAAAAACCUUUGAGCAUUAUCCGCCUCUCCAGUAUGUGACAUUUGCUCUUGAUACUCUGUUGAUGUUUCUUUACACUGCAGAGAUGAUAGCAAAAAUGCAUAUCCGUGGGAUAGUUAAGGGUGAUAGCUCCUAUGUAAAGGAUCGUUGGUGUGUGUUUGAUGGAUUCAUGGUCUUUUGUCUUUGGGUGUCACUGGUUUUGCAGGUGUUUGAAAUAGCUGAAAUAGUUGACCAAAUGUCACCUUGGGGCAUGUUACGGAUUCCACGACCACUCAUUAUGAUUCGAGCAUUCCGAAUAUAUUUUCGUUUUGAGCUGCCAAGAACGAGGAUAACAAAUAUCUUGAAGCGUUCUGGAGAGCAGAUAUGGAGCGUUUCAAUUUUCCUUCUGUUCUUUCUUCUCCUGUAUGGGAUCCUGGGAGUGCAGAUGUUUGGAACUUUUACGUACCAUUGUGUGACCGAUGACACGCAACCAGGAAAUGUAACCUGGAAUAAUUUAGCUAUCCCAGACACCCACUGUUCCAGAGAGCUAGAAGAAGGUUACCAGUGCCCACCUGGAUUUAAAUGCAUGGACCUUGAAGAUCUGGGACUAAGCAGGCAAGAGCUGGGCUACAGUGGCUUUAAUGAGAUAGGCACAAGCAUAUUUACUGUUUACGAAGCUGCUUCUCAGGAAGGCUGGGUGUUCCUCAUGUACCGAGCAAUUGACAGUUUUCCCCGAUGGCGUUCAUAUUUCUAUUUCAUCACCUUAAUUUUCUUUCUGGCCUGGCUUGUUAAGAAUGUUUUUAUUGCAGUCAUCAUUGAAACAUUUGCAGAAAUUAGAGUGCAGUUCCAGCAGAUGUGGGGGUCCAGGAGCAGUACUACUUCAACUGCCACCACCCAGAUGUUUCAUGAAGAUGCUGCUGGAGGUUGGCAGCUUGUAGCUGUUGAUGUGAAUAAACCCCAAGGCAGAGCUCCUGCAUGUCUACAGAAAAUGAUGAGGUCAUCUGUGUUUCAUAUGUUCAUACUAAGUAUGGUUGCUGUUGAUGUGAUUGUUGCUGCUAGCAACUACUAUAAAGGAGAAAAUUUCAAGAGACAAUAUGAUGAAUUUUACCUUGCUGAGGUUGCUUUUACAGUUCUGUUUGAUUUAGAAGCUCUUCUGAAGAUCUGGUGUUUGGGUUUCACAGGAUACAUCAGCUCAUCUCUUCACAAGUUUGAGUUGCUGCUUGUAAUUGGAACCACUCUCCAUAUUUAUCCAGACCUCUAUCACUCUCAAUUUACAUAUUUUCAGGUUCUUAGAGUAGUUCGGCUUAUAAAGAUUUCUCCUGCUUUGGAGGAUUUUGUGUAUAAGAUAUUUGGACCAGGAAAAAAACUUGGGAGUUUGGUAGUAUUUACUGCCAGCCUGUUGAUUGUAAUGUCAGCAAUCAGUUUACAGAUGUUUUGCUUUGUGGAAGAACUGGAUAGAUUUACAACCUUUCCAAGGGCAUUCAUGUCAAUGUUUCAGAUUCUCACACAGGAAGGAUGGGUGGAUGUCAUGGAUCAGACACUGAAUGCUGUAGGACAUAUGUGGGCACCUGUAGUUGCUAUUUAUUUUAUACUAUAUCAUCUUUUUGCUACUCUGAUUCUACUCAGCUUGUUUGUUGCUGUUAUUUUGGACAACUUGGAACUUGAUGAAGAUUUAAAGAAACUUAAACAACUAAAGCAAAGUGAAGCUAAUGCAGAUACAAAGGAGAAGCUUCCCUUGCGUCUACGCAUUUUUGAAAAAUUUCCAAACAGGCCACAAAUGGUGAAAAUCUCAAAGCUUCCUUCAGAUUUCACAGUUCCAAAAAUAAGGGAAAGUUUUAUGAAACAGUUUAUUGAUCGCCAGCAACAAGAUACCAGCUGUUUGCUGCGAAGGCUUCCUUCAGCAUCUUCUUCCUCCUGUGACCACUCUAAAAGAUCAGCAAUUGAAGAAAACAGAUAUAUUGAUCAAAAGCUCCGUAAAUCUGUUUUCAGCAUCAGAGCAAGAAACCUUCUGGAAAAAGAGACAGCAAUCAAUAAAAUUCUAAGGGCCUGCACUAGACAGCGCAUGCUGAGUGGAUCAUUUGAGGGGCAGCCAGCCAAGGAACGGUCAAUACUUAGUGUCCAGCAUCAUAUACGACAAGAACGCAGGUCACUGAGACAUGGUUCCAACAGCCAACGAAUCAGCAGAGGAAAAUCUCUUGAAACAUUGACUCAAGAUCACUCCAACACAGUGAGAUACAGAAAUGCACAGAGAGAAGACAGUGAGAUAAAGAUGAUCCAAGAAAAAAAGGAACAAGCUGAAAUGAAAAGGAAAGUUCAGGAGGAGGAGCUGAGAGAGAAUCACCCGUAUUUCGAUAAACCCCUUUUCAUAGUUGGUCGUGAGCACAGAUUCAGGAACUUCUGCCGAGUGGUGGUACGGGCUCGCUUUAAUGCUUCUAAAACAGAUCCUGUUACUGGAGCUGUGAAAAAUACCAAAUACCAUCAGCUUUAUGACUUGCUGGGUUUGGUUACUUACCUGGACUGGGUCAUGAUCAUCGUUACAAUAUGCUCCUGCAUUUCCAUGAUGUUUGAAUCCCCUUUCAGAAGAGUUAUGCAUGCUCCAACACUCCAGAUUGCUGAAUAUGUUUUUGUAAUAUUCAUGAGCAUUGAGCUUAAUCUGAAGAUUAUGGCAGAUGGCUUGUUCUUUACACCAACAGCUGUCAUUAGGGACUUUGGAGGAGUUAUGGACAUAUUUAUAUAUCUUGUGAGUUUGAUAUUCCUGUGCUGGAUGCCUCAGAACGUCCCUGCCAAAUCCGGAGCUCAGCUCUUGAUGGUGCUCCGCUGCCUCCGACCCCUUCGAAUUUUCAAACUGGUCCCUCAGAUGAGGAAAGUGGUGCGAGAGCUGUUUAGUGGCUUUAAGGAAAUUUUUUUGGUUUCCAUUCUUUUGCUGACAUUAAUGCUUGUUUUCGCAAGCUUUGGAGUGCAGCUGUUUGCUGGAAAACUGGCUAAAUGCAAUGACCCUCACAUCAUCUCUAGGGAAGAUUGUCAUGGCAUCUUCAGAAUAAAUGUAAGUGUUUCCAAAAAUCUCAAUUUAAAGUUAAGACCUGGAGAGAAAAAGCCUGGAUUUUGGGUGCCACGAGUCUGGGCAAAUCCUCGGAAUUUUAAUUUUGACAAUGUGGGCAAUGCAAUGCUGGCACUGUUUGAAGUUCUGUCAUUAAAAGGCUGGGUGGAAGUCAGAGAUGUUAUCAUUCAUCGUGUUGGGCCGAUCCAUGGAAUCUACAUCCAUGUUUUUGUAUUCCUUGGCUGCAUGAUUGGACUGACCCUUUUUGUUGGAGUUGUCAUCGCUAACUUUAAUGAAAACAAGGGGACAGCUUUACUGACUGUAGAUCAGAGACGAUGGGAAGAUCUGAAAAGCAGACUGAAGAUAGCACAACCUCUUCAUCUCCCACCUCGUCCGGAUAAUGAUGGUUUUAGAGCGAAGAUGUAUGAUAUAACUCAGCAUCCAUUUUUUAAGAGAACUAUUGCUGUACUUGUUCUGGCCCAGUCCGUGUUGUUAUCAGUUAAGUGGGAUGCUGCAGAUCCAGUGACUGUGCCUUUAGCAACAAUGUCUGUUGUUUUCACCUUCAUUUUUGUCCUUGAGGUCACCAUGAAGAUUAUUGCCAUGUCACCUUCUGGCUUCUGGCAAAGCAGAAGAAAUCGCUAUGACCUCUUGGUGACUUCUCUUGGAGUUAUAUGGGUCAUACUUCACUUUGCCUUACUGAAUGCAUACACAUACAUGAUGGGGGCAUGUGUGAUUGUCUUCAGGUUUUUUUCCAUUUGUGGGAAGCAUGUAACACUAAAAAUGCUUCUCCUGACUGUGGUUGUCAGCAUGUACAAGAGUUUCUUCAUCAUAGUGGGCAUGUUCUUACUGCUUCUUUGUUAUGCUUUUGCUGGAGUGGUAUUAUUUGGUACAGUGAAAUAUGGAGAGAACAUUAACAGACAUGCAAAUUUUUCAUCAGCUGGCAAGGCUAUUACUGUACUCUUCAGAAUAGUUACUGGAGAAGACUGGAACAAAAUUAUGCAUGACUGCAUGGUUCAGCCCCCAUUUUGUACACCAGAUAACAGCACCUACUGGAAAACAGACUGUGGAAAUUAUGCUGGUGCUCUUAUGUAUUUCUGUUCUUUCUAUGUCAUCAUUGCAUACAUCAUGCUAAAUUUGCUUGUAGCUAUCAUUGUGGAGAAUUUCUCAUUGUUUUACUCAACUGAAGAAGAUCAGCUUUUAAGUUAUAAUGACCUAAGACAUUUUCAAAUUAUAUGGAACAUGGUUGAUGACAAAAGAGAGGGUGUAAUCCCUACCUUCCGGGUGAAAUUCCUGCUGAGGCUUCUGCGAGGCAGGCUGGAGGUGGAUCUUGACAAGGACAAGCUGCUGUUUAAGCACAUGUGCUAUGAAAUGGAGCGACUCCACAAUGGUGGUGAUGUCACUUUUCAUGACGUGCUCAGCAUGCUUUCAUAUAGGUCUGUUGAUAUCAGAAAAAGUCUUCAACUGGAAGAGCUGCUUGCUAGGGAACAACUGGAAUAUACCAUAGAAGAGGAGGUGGCCAAACAGACCAUACGAAUGUGGCUGAAAAAGUGCUUAAAACGGAUCAGAGCAAAACAGCAGCAGUCAUGCAGCAUUAUCCACAGCCUACGAGAGAGCCAACAGCAGGAGUUGAGCCGAUUUCUGAAUCCUCCCAGCAUUGAGACAACACAGCCAAGUGAAGAUAUGAAUGCUAUUAAUCAAGAUAACAGUGCACAGCCAGAGACAAGUAGUCAACAGCAGCUCCUUAGCCCGACACUUUCUGACAGAGGUGGCUAUAGACAAGACACUGGAGAUGUUGGGAGACACUGUCCUCAGCGGAAAAUUGGACAAUGGCGCUUGCCAUCAGCCCCCAAACCAAUAAGCCAUUCAGUGUCUUCAGUCAACCUCCGUUUUGGUGGACGUUCAACUGUGAAAUCUGUUGCAUGCAAAAUGAAUCCUAUGUCCGAUGUUGCUUCCUGUGGAUCAGAAGUCAAGAAAUGGUGGACAAGACAAUUAACUGUGGAGAGUGAUGAGAGUGGAGAGGACCUUCUUGAUAUCUGA